UCUCUUCCAUACUUCCCUCUUUAUCGACAUACUCUACAAGUAUACGUAAACUCGUAUAGUCUCUCAUAACGCUUCUUCACGCCAGAGAUACUACUCCUUGUACCUUUUCAUAUCCAUCCACACUUUGAUCUCACACAACUCCUCUUCACUCAUCCCACAACUUUCACUAGAUUCCCAUCUUUCAACGGUUAUUCACGGAACGUUCAUCGUCAAGAUACCCCUAAGUGAGUAGGUGAUCUUGCGAACAUCGCUUGUCAUACCUCACAAGCUUAUCAAACUUCAACCACUUUAUCUGUAGGUUGUAAAACUCAACAGAUCACUUGUCGUGUGAUAGACCACUGUUGAGGGGUUCAGGAACAAGAUGUCAAAUGUAGAUUUGAAAGAUCUUGUCGUUGUUAUCACCGGAGCUGGGAGUGGGAUCGGAAGAGUCUACGCCAGGUUCUUCUCUUCCAAAGGCGCUUGGGUGGUCGUUAAUGAUGUUUCGAAAGAUGCAUCUCAGGCUGUAGUGGAUGAACUUGUCAAAGCCGGAGGAAAGGCAGUAGCCGCACCGGGCUCCGUGGAGAAGGGACAAGAUAUCAUCGACCAAGCUGUCAAAGCUUUUGGUACGGUCCAUGUUCUGGUCAACAAUGCUGGUAUUCUUCGCGAUAGAGCUUUCAAGAACAUGUCUGACCAAGAUUGGGAUCUCGUAACUUUGGUUCAUCUCAAAGGAGCGUAUUCCUGUACCAAAGCUUGUUGGCCACUCUUCCGUCAACAAAAGUUUGGUCGAGUCAUCAACACCGCUUCGGCUGCCGGACUGUAUGGUAACAUGGGUCAAGCCAAUUACUCCGCAGCAAAGAUGGGAUUAGUCGGUUUCACACGAACUCUCGCAAGGGAGGGCGAAAAGUACAACAUACGCACAAACGUUAUCGUUCCAAUGGCUGCCUCCGCAAUGACCGAAACCAUCAUGCCUCCUGAAAUGCUCAAGGGUCUAAAGCCGGAACAUAUCGCCCCUCUUGUCGGAGUCCUGACCGCUAAGAAUGGUCCGGAGGUCAACGGAAGGAUCUUCGAAUUAGGUGCCGGGUUCUACUCUGAAGUCCGAUGGGAACGGUCCAAGGGAUACAUCUGGCGAACAGACGAUAGUUUCACUCCCUCAGCCGGAUGGUUGCAACAAUCACAGUCUAAACCCACCAACGAACAAGGUUCUUCCGCAAUUGAUUUCAAAGGGAAAACGGCCAUCAUCACCGGAGCCGGCGCGGGAUUGGGGAGAGCAUAUGCUAUAAUGUUUGGGAAAUUGGGUGGGAAUGUGGUCAUUAACGAUGUGAGUAAAGAAGGGGCCGAGAAAGUUGUCAAAGAGGUUGAAAGUGUCGGUGGUAAGGCCGUCGCUGCCGUAUGUUCUGCAGAAGACGGAGAAACGAUUGUGAAAGCAGGCGUGGAGGCGUUCGGCACGAUUCAUAUCUUGGUGGCCAAUGCUGGGAUCCUCAGGGAUAAAUCUUUCAUGGGUAUGGAUGAGAAGAUGUGGGAUCAGGUCAUUGCUGUGCAUCUUAGGGGGACGUACAAGUGCGCCAAAGCCGUCUGGCCAAUAUUCCAAAAACAAAAGUAUGGACGAAUUAUCACCACUGCUUCUCCCAACGGACUUUAUGGUACUCCCGGCCAAGCCAACUAUUCCACAGCUAAAGCGGCCAUCAUAGGCCUCACACGUACACUUGCCAUAGAAGGUAGUAGAGCGGGCAUCAUGGUGAAUUGCAUAGCACCCAGAGCUGGGACGGCUAUGACUGCGACUGUGUGGCCCAAGGAUUUGGUAGAUGCUAUGAAGCCAGAAUUCAUCGCUCCCGUGGUAGGAUACCUCGCCUCUGACGCCUGCGACUUCUCCGGAACCCUGUACGAAGUGUUUGGGGGAUUUGCUGCUCAAUUGAGGUGGCAGAGGACGUAUGGUGUCACGUUCCCCAACGACCGUGAGAUCAAGCCCGAGUCUAUCAUGGCCAGAUGGAAUGAGAUCACUACUUUUGUAGAUGAUCGAGCUACUCAUCCUACCUCCGCAGCUGAAGCCGUGGAACAGAUCAUGGAUAAUUUCUCAAAUACCUCUAAUGGUGGUUCUGAGGACGAUUACGAAGAUAACGAAGAUACUCCAGAGAUCAAGGCUGCGAAGAAGCAGCAAAAUGAGCCUGAAGAAUUCACAUUCACAGAAAGGGAUGUGAUUUUGUACAAUCUGGGGGUGGGCGCUACUGCGGAGGAACUCCAGUGGACUUAUGAGAAUUCUGAUGGGUUUGCUCCUCUCCCAACAUUCGGAGUCAUCCCUCAAUUCGGCACAUCCUCUUCCAUGCCUAUGGACUUCAUCCCUAAUUUCAAUCCUGCCAAAUUACUCCACGGCGAGCAAUACCUCCGUCUCUUAUCCCCGCUUCCGACCUCCGGGACCCUAAUAAAUAAAGUGCAGCUGAUGGAGGUGCUCGAUAAGGGUAAAGCUGCUUCCGUGACUGUUAAAGUAGACACGGUGGAUAAAGCUACGGGAGAGAAGGUGUGUGAGAAUCAGAGUACGGUGGUUUUGCGUGGUUCGGGUGGGUUUGGGGGAAAGAAGGAAGGACGUGACCGUGGACCAGCCAGUGCUUCGAACACUCCACCAAAACGCAAACCCGAUGCGGUGAUGGAGGAGAAGACAAACCCUCAACAAGCUGCUUUGUACCGUCUUUCUGGGGAUUAUAACCCACUUCAUAUCGACCCCGCGUUCGCUAGCAUGGGAGGGUUUCCCAAGCCCAUCUUGCAUGGUCUCUGCACAAUGGGUAUAGCCGGUAAACACGUUCUCAAAACCUUUGGCCCCUAUGAAGAUAUCAAGGUCCGAUUCGCGGGGACUGUCAUACCCGGCGAGACUUUGAUUACGGAGAUGUGGAAAGAGGGAGACAAAGUUAUUUUUGUGACUAAGGUCAAAGAACGAGACGCACCCGCGUUGAGCCAUGCGGCCGUCACGUUGGUCUCGGCAGGGAAAGCAAAGCUUUGAUGAUGGUCACUGUAUACAUACUUGUUUGAGACAACCAUGAGGGAUAUUACUGUACAGGUUAAGAACAAAGUGCAUACAUGUAAAAAUGGUGUGUAUUCACAUGCAGUGACCACUGUCACACCUUUUUCUGUCU